AUGCAAUGCUUACUUGUCACCUUGUAUUACUAUGUGUGUUUAAUAUACGUUGGACGGGUUGACCAACUACACAGCUCACUACUCACACGCUUUGAGCCGCCGCUGCGAUGUGUAGAGGCGGGCGGCGAAUAUAUUAUCAACGGCGAUAUCAAUCUGGAUAACGACACCAACAUAAGGAUAGUACGGCCAAUCUCAGGCAACAUCCACGAGUUGUAUGCCGUUACGGAUACAGCGUUUCUGGACGUUCUGGGACCUCCAUACGAAGAGGGUGUGCGGGAUUGCCACUACUACCGCGACCUAGGCAGAAGAGAAGUGGUGAAAGCCGCGGCCGAACACACAACCGACACACAGAAGUGCCGCACGACACAGAUCUUCUCUCUGUGGAGCCCAGCCCAUGUGGCAGGUAAUACGAGUAGUAUAAGUGCUGACGAAAUAACGUCUGGUGGUGACGAAAUAACGCGUGGGGAUGACGCAAUAGUGUCUGGGGAGGAUAGGCCUGAGGAUGGGGAGAGUGGACAGAGGUAUAGGUAUCUGGCCAAUGUCGAUGACGGUGACUUUGUCUGCCGAUCUACACCGUAUAUAGGCUACAGACCAAAAGUGGACAAUUGCUGA